AUGGCCGACGGGCUCGUUGAAAAGUUAAAGUCGGCCACGUUAACCGAUGGCGCGACGCAAGACGAUUGGAAGAAGUCUCUAAAACUGCCGCAGCGGGACAAUAGACAGCAAACUGAAGAUGUUACAAAUACAAAGGGCCUCGAGUUCGAGGAGUUCAACCUCAAACGCAACCUGCUCAUGGGCAUUUUCGAGGCGGGCUUCGAAAAGCCAUCCCCUAUCCAGGAAGAGAGCAUCCCUGUCGCCCUGACCGGCCGCGACAUCCUCGCACGUGCAAAGAACGGCACCGGCAAGACGGCGGCCUUUGUCAUCCCCGCGCUCGAAAAGAUCAACCCGAAAAUCUCCAAAAUCCAAUGCCUUAUCCUCGUGCCCACGCGCGAGCUCGCCAUGCAGACCUCGCAGGUGUGCAAAACGCUCGGCAAGCACCUCAACCUCAAUGUUAUGGUCACAACGGGUGGUACUGGCCUGAGAGACGACAUUGUGCGUCUGCAGGAGGCCGUCCAUAUCGUGGUUGGCACGCCCGGUCGCAUUCUGGAUCUCGCUAGCAAGGGGGUCGCCGAUCUGAGCGAGUGCCCCAUGUUCAUCAUGGACGAGGCCGACAAGCUGCUGUCGGCCGAGUUCACCCCCGUCAUCGAACAGCUGCUGCAGUUCCAUCCCAAGGACCGCCAGGUCAUGCUCUUCUCCGCCACGUUCCCGCUGUCCGUCAAGGACUUUUCCGACAAGAACAUGAGCUCGCCCUACGAAAUCAACCUAAUGGACGAGCUGACGCUGCGCGGCAUCACGCAGUACUAUGCGUUCGUGGAGGAACGCCAAAAGGUGCACUGCCUCAACACACUCUUCUCCAAGCUGCAGAUCAACCAGUCCAUCAUCUUUUGCAACUCGACCAACCGCGUCGAGCUGCUCGCCAAGAAGAUUACGGAGCUCGGCUACUCGUGCUUCUACUCGCACGCCAAGAUGGCCCAGCAGGCGCGCAACCGCGUGUUCCACGACUUCCGCAACGGCGUGUGCCGCAACCUGGUGUGCUCGGAUCUGCUGACGCGCGGCAUCGACAUCCAGGCCGUCAACGUCGUCAUCAACUUUGACUUCCCCAAGAACGCCGAGACCUACUUGCAUCGCAUCGGUCGUUCGGGCCGGUACGGCCACCUGGGUCUUGCCAUCAACCUGAUCAACUGGGAAGACCGGCUGAACCUGUACAACAUUGAGCGCGACCUCGGCACGGAAAUACAAGCGAUCCCCGCGACCAUCGACAAGAGCCUGUACGUCUACGACAGCCCCGAGAGCAUCCCGCGGCCCAUUGCCACGCUGGCCAAGCCGGCGCCACACCAUGCGCCACCUCCUCAGCAGCAGCAGCAGCAGCAGCAGCAGCAGCAAAGCAAUGGGAACCAGUCCGCCCCGGCCGGACCUCUCUUCCAGCAACACAACCCCUUCCCAGUGGUGCCGCAGCAACCGCAGCAGCAACAAUACCCGGGACAGCAGCAGCAGCAGCAGCAGCAGCAGCAUAGGGGCCAGGUUCAACCGUCCCUGCCGCAAGCACAUGGUGGUUGGCAGUCGCGUGAUGGCGGCAACGCCAAUGGUGGUGGUGGACGUGGCAACUACAACAACAACAACCGGGGCCAGUCUUCCGGGUUCCGCGGCGGCGGCCGUGGCCGUAACAACGGUUACCAGGGCGGCGGCGGCAACAGGAACAACCAGCACCAGAACGGUGGCGCUCGUGGCCGUGGCGGUCAGGGUCAGGGUCAGGUCCAGGGCAACAGCACACCGUCUGCCCAGCAGUAA